AUGGCUCUACCGCCCCGAAGCCAAACCAGCAGCACCGGGCGCUCGACACCGCACAAUCUCAAUGUGCUCCAGCGCCGGUACCACGCGGAGUUUUACAAAACCGUCGCCAAGGUGAUGGCCCUGCGUGAAACCUACCUCCAAGAACGAAUCAUCUUCGUCAAAAGCAACGAAAUGGUGCCGAUCCUCAAAGGUCUCGGCGCAAGAGACGAGGAUUUCGAACUCAUCCAGAAGAUCAGCAACACUACCGGCCCCGAUCCCACCUUCGAAUACCGCACCGUGACCUCCGCGCGUUACUGUCUCGACGUCGAGACGCGAUGCCUUCAGCGCCUCGAGAAGGUGCCCUGCGGCCCUCGGACAGAGGAGGCCUACAAGCGCUACGACCCGGGGGUCCAACGGGAGUUCGAGGAGGCACCGCUCGAGAUGCAGGGGAACACGGUCGUCCAGGCGCUGAUGCUCUUCAAGGCGCUGGUCUUCCACAAGGUACCUAUCCUGCCGCGGGAGAAGCUGGACUACACGUCGCAUCAGUGGGUGUGCACCGUGCUCAAUGUGCGCAUCUUCACCGACGAUCGCCAGGGGGUCCAGGGCGAGCCAGCGCCCGGGGGCGUCCAUUCCGAUGGGUCGGACCACACCAUGACCGUGUUCCUGGGGUCGUCCAACAUGCGCUCGGACAGCGCGGUCACCUACCUCCACGACAACCUGGAGACGACGGGGGCGCCACUGUGGGAGACGAACCCGGCCCUGAUCCGCGCGCGGGUGCAGCAUCGCGACUUCCUCGACACGUUGAUCUUCGCCGACCACCACUACAAGCGAUGUGUCACGCAGCUGAAUGCAUGCGACCCGUCCGACCGGGCGUUGCGCGAUAUGUUGGUCGUCUUCACCCGGCGACCCAAGCGCGAUGACCAUGGGCUGGGUCACGCGGAGACUCAGGCGCUGCAUACCACCUGUCCGCUGCAAAUCCCCCUCUGGCUGCCAUGA